AUGCCAAAGUGGAACGUAGAGAAGCUCAUAACUUUGGUACAGGAGAGGCCUGAGUUAUGGGACAGCAGGCUCAACGUCUAUCAAGACAGAGUCCGCAAAGAGGUUUCGUGGGAGAAAGUGGCCUGUUCCAUGAGGCGAGUGGAAUUGCAAAAAGCCGAUGCCAGAGGCCCGGGCAGAUUUAGUACUGUCGACAGCUUGGAAGAAGAUCGGGAGGAUUCGGAUGCUGGUGGGAGUGAAACUCCGGCAGUUUUCUCACCGGAAAGUAGCCCCACACAUCCCCAGGCUGAGGAGACCCGACAACCACCUCUUGAGCCGCCAACCCUUUCACAGGGGUCCCUGGAUAUGACCCAGCAGCCUCAGCCAAGGCGUCGACGCAAUGUCCCUCAGGCUUCCUCAGCUCCAGAUACUAGGGAACAAAUAGACUCUAGAGUAAUUGAAUUCCUGGCCAAGAGGAGGAGUGAGGGACCGGAAGAAGCAGUGAGUCAGUUUAAAGAUUUUCAGGAACCAGAAGCCAUAAUUGUUGCUCCUACCAGAGAGCUGAUCAAUCAGAUUUACCUAGAUGCUUGGAAAUUUGCAUACGGAACUGUCGUUUGUCCAGUUGUAAUCUAUGGAGGAACACAAACGUCUAAUUCACUGCGCCAGAUAUUUCAAGGCUGCAACAUCCUUUGUGUGACACCUGGGAGGUUACUGGACGUUAUUAACAAGAAGAUUGGGUUGAGCCAAGUGAAAUACCUUGUUCUGUAUGAAGCUGAUCGUAUGCUGGACAUGGGUUUUAUGGAAGAUGUAAGAAAAUUGUUGUCAAGUCAAGGAAUGCCAAAAAGAGAAGAAAGGCAAACUUUAAUGUUCAGUGCCACGUUCCCUACGCCCAUACAAAAACUUGCUAGAGAGAUUUUGAAGCCAGAUUAUCUGUUCGUGGUUGUCGGACCAGUUGGUGGCGCGUGCAGUGAUGUCGAACAGCAGAUAAUUGAAGUGGAAGAGUAUGGAAAGAGGGCUAAACUGCUGGCACUUUUACAACUCAUAGGCCAUGAACGCACGAUGGUUUUUGUGAAAACCAAAAAGAUGGCGGAUUUAAUUGCAACAUUUCUUUGUCAAGAAAAAAUCCCCUGCACAAGCAUUCACGGGGACAGAGAGCAAAGAGAGCGGGAGAAAGCUCUGGGCGACUUCCGCUCUGGACAGUGUCCUGUGAUUGUUGCCACGUCUGUUGCUGCCAGAGGAUUAAAUAUCGAGAACGUCCUUCAUGUGAUAAAUUUUGACAUCCCUGGCGAUGUUGACGAAUAUGUUCACAGGAUCAGCCGAACCGGACGCUGCGGCAACACUGGAAAAGCAAUUUCUUUUUUUAAUAAGAUUGGUGAUGACGAGCAAAAAAUUGUCCGUGGACUAGUGAAAGUUUUAACUGAUGCUCACCAGGAGUUCGUGACAGUACCUGCUUGGCUUGAAGAGAUGGCGUUCAGUGCCCAUGGCAUGCCAACCUUUAGUUCACAGCCAAGCAAAUUUGCUUCAGUGGAUAGCAGGAAGAGAGGUGACUUCCAGGAGGACAACGGUUACAGCAAUGCUGGCAUUUCACAACCUGCAGCGUGGGCGGCAGCGGAGGAGGACGAAGAUUGGUGCUAG